GGGUAGACAGUUCGCCGCUGGCCGGCGUUCCAGUGUCUAGUUAGUACAACUCACUGAUGCCACCGGCAGCCCAUUACCAACGCUGAUGCGUCAGCGCGGGUGGUGAUCGUAGCUGGCUUGCGUCUCCUAGCUCGCCCCAUUCCUUUCUGGCCGCCCCAGGCAUCGACGACAGGCAGGAAACUCACCUGUUCGCUAUUGCUCUGGGAGCGGUUCGCAUCAGGAGUAAGCACUGUUCAACGGUCCACCGACCAGGUGGCGGCAAUCCGGUUGACGCUCGGUAAUGCAACAUAGAUAACGAACCGCGAAACAAUACCAACUAUCGUAUAGUGAUCAUACGUUAAGGAAAACGACGACUCUGAUAUUAAUUGUAACCACAUGAACUUGCCGUCGUGAACGAAAUCGUUGUUAUGGCAGUGACGACGACGAUUGCAUCACCAUCGUCUCGAUGAACGCGUGUCAGCCUCGAUUGAGUUUGUCUCCUUCGCCAGUGAACAACUAUAGUUUUCGGGUAGUAAGUGCUUGCUUCUUCGAUAAAUCUAAGAACAUUGCCAGCUUGGCAUCUCUGGCGGAAGAAUCUAGUUGGAAUUUCAUAAGUUUGCUGGUGAGAAACAUGCGAGACAGCCUUUAGAGACACGUUGUUCAGUGAUCGCCUUUCGAUUGGAUUUGGUGCUGUGUAUCUUAAGUAGUGACAAAACUCAUAGACAUCGCAACAUUAGGAUUACUCAUCUGUGAAGGGUAAUGAAGUGGGGCACAGGGGACAUCGGAGUAAAUUGUGUCACCUGUAAUAGAAUUCAGUGGCUAAUUUCGUACUGCCGUUAGUGAUUUUCAAAAAAAAAAACUAUUCAAAAUAGCCUAAAGUCGAAAAAAAAAAACUUGAAUCACUGCCAUGAACGUAACGUGCUCGAGUGUCUUGGUUCGUGUUGAGGCGGGGCUCGUGUAAUCGCAUGCCUGCCCUCGUGCCAUGUGAUGGGCCGUAGAAUGGAGGGCAUCUACCAACAAAUCAUUUCAAUGUUUCACCAGACUUCUCCGCAAGCUCAAAGGCAACUCUACGAGUCGCAAGGCGGAUACACGGCUGGCAACGGUGGCGGGAGUUACCCCCGCCGGCAAGACGAAGAGGAACGCAUCGAAAUGGAGAUUCUCCACGAAGAGCCCGAACUGCAGUCAUCCCAGCAGCAGCAGCAGCAGCAGCAGCAGCAGCUGCUGACCCACGCGACCACUGGCCACCACGAGCAACACGACCAGCAGAAGGACGCGCCUCACAUCACAAACUGUCAGGACGCCACUAUCCACCUGAAUAAGGUGAAUGGAAGUAUCGCACAGGAUGUUACCGAAGAGCUGAUCUUCGAGUCUAUCGAGAACACUUCAGGCAACGGCUCAGACUAUGGAAGCUGUGAGGAGAAAGAUCCUGUUUACGAAGAGGUGGAAACCGAGGAGGAAAUUUAUGCGGAUUGUUCAAUAAAGGCUCACGGUACAGCCCAUCCUCUCGAAACUGUAGGAAGCCCUGUCACCACUCAUCAGGCCCCACUCGCCCCACUGAAUGCAUCGCCUGCGACUCGAUCUCCUGUUGAUUCUUCAAUUACAUCGGACCUUUCCCGUGAUAUGCUUGCCUCGCCUAACAGCUCACAGCACUCGCACUAUGAUCAUUCAAACUCUGCGUUGUCCGAUCCGGAGUGCGACAGCGACCUUUUGCUUAAGUGCUCGUCUCCCGAAGAAGAGGAUGACUUGUUAGGCGAAAUACAAUGCAAGCAAGAUAUUGAGGAUAUUGGUCAGAUCCAAGAACGUGCUGGUGAUCAGGGACAAUCUACACAGGAAACACAGAAGGAACAAGAAUUGACUUUACAGACUAAGCAACAGGAACGCGAACAGGAUACCAAGGAACGAAACAAAACCCCAGAUCCUCUCAAGACCCUCAGACCACCUAUGAGCGUGGACCCAAAGAAACUAAUGCCACAAGCCCUCAAGCCGAUUUGUGGCGAGGAAACCAUUAUUGCCAGGGAAAUCCGUUUGCAAAAGGAACGUGAAGAAGAAAUUCAAAAGGAAAGACUCGAGGCUCGUCGUAAAGCUGAGGAGAAAAUUGGGCACCUCUCCAGUAGCACCAGGAAUCUCCUUGACGACCGCCCCUCAUUCAAGGCCAAAUCACUUUCGUACAAACCGCUAGCUACUUCCACACCAAAAUGUAUCAGAGUCGGCGACUCCGGGGCUUCCAAAAUUGAGGAUGAGAUUCGACAGCUAAAACAGCGUGAGGAGGAACUACGACGAGUGCGCGAAAACCUCCAGAUGAGAUUUCAAAAGGACCGAGAAUUAAAAAUGCAGAACCAGGAGGUCCAGACCAAGGAGGAGAAAGAAGGAGAUAAGAAGUUUGAAAUUGUUAAAGCAACAACUGCGUCUGUACCGCGUAGCGUCAUCUCGCCCUCAUUGAAACAUACCGGACGUCGUCAGAUUAAAGUUCGGCCUUUGGAUGAUGGCGAUGAAGUACCUGAGACUACAGUGUACUUGAAUGAGACUCCCAUCGAACGCGAGAUUCGUUUAGCUAGGGAACGCGACGAAGCGCUUCGUCGUGAAAAGGGACUUCUUGCAGGCAAGGUUCGUCAAGACUCGAUCGACUCGUCAUCGAUUCUUUCAGAGCGUUCGACUACGUCGUCAACUUCGUCUUCGUGUUCUGAUCUUCCACCGACAACAUCCCGAAAUGCAAUGCGUCACACUGUGACUUCCAAGAUUCAGAAAGAGAUCGAAGAGCAAACUCGCAAAGAGAUUGAACUGAAAAAGGAGGGUGUUAUACGCACGAUUUCAGUAGAGCGUAGCGACUCGAAAGUAGCUAAGAUCGGCCAAGCUGACAAUACAGAUAGUACUCACACUCCGCGACAGAGGACUUUCUCUUCUGGAUCAUCGAGUUCAGGGACCUCGUCUCUUACGUACACGCCCUUCCGGCGUCCCGGCUUUGGACCUGUCGCGCGGGGUAUUAGUAUGCAGAAGUUCAUUGCUAGCCAGGGGAGGGACGUAGUUCCGACGGGUCCAAUUGAGCCCCGCUGGACAGAAUCGAGUCGAUCACGCCUUGAGAUUGGCUCGGUUAAUCUUGAAAGGAAAUCCGUUUUCAGUCCGCGCCGUGGGCUUAUUACCGCUGAAAGCAAGAUUCAGCAGGAACUUAAACUCUUCAAAGAACGCGAAAGUGAAUUAAGGCGCAUGCGGAAACUAGGAGGAUCCCAGCCUAACCUAAGCAACCUAUCAGUGCUAGGGGACAUCUCGGCAGAUGACGACGACAAUAAAAGUGAUGAUUUAGAGAAUGACGGCGCCAAGGACGGCCAGGACACUUUGAAGGGAGCGCCUCUUUACCCUUCUCUACGACAGCGGGUACUUAGUAAUCCUAAUCUGCUCGACUGUGUCGACGAACCUCUCAAGGCUCCGGAACCAUCGGCGGUAAACACGCGGAAAAAGAGUGCAAUGGUUGUUGAAUGGGAGAAUCGUAUUCGCCAGGGGUCUAAGAAAUGAGUGCCGACUUGCCAAUUCCAACUCUUCAUUUAGGGCUUGAAGACUGCUCGUCAGGCUCCACCAUGCAAGGAUGCAGAAUACAAGCAGCAUAAUUACGCUCCAUCGACCACGUCCUUCCGAGAUGUAAAAAGCCAAAUGAGUGAAUUGUCUAUUCAGCUGAACGUGCUCUGCUUCCAUCGAAGACUUCUUACAUAAGCGACAGCCCAGAAAAUUUCAGCACUUAUAUUCAUAAGUUUCAAUUUAUGAAUAUAGAUGUCAAAAUGUUAACAAUUGCCGUCUUCAGCAAAAAAAAAAACCAAUCGAAUUUAUUUCAAUUGUGUCGAGUGCACGUUUUGCAAUGUGUGAUGCCCCCGAGGCAAUAAUGAGGCUGACUCAUUGUAACCUUGGAUGCUACAGUGAGUUUUAACCGCUUCCAUUGAACUUGUUCGAUCCACUUAUUCGUCUCACCUUGGUACGAUGCACGCCGUAUGCUGCAUAUACUGCUGUCGUUUAGGCUUGUCGAGUGCACGCGGUUUUUUUUUUUUUUUUUUUUUUUUUUGUGUUUCUUGUUUCACCCGUAGCUGCGUACUUGUGAAACGGCCAGAUCAGCGAUGAUAGCUGUAACGGUAAUCUGAUUCAAAGUUUGCGACGAUUCUCAAAUAGAGGCACAAAGAACCCUGAAAGAGACAAGGGUUUUGACACGAACUUUAUAUAUAUAUAUAUAUAUAUGGAAAUCCAUGGAAAAGAAAUUCAUUCUAUGCUAAUCGCCAUACAUCUACGCAGCUACAACUGAAAAACCAUGACACAAUCACAAUACAAGCUAACGCAACGUAAUAUAGUACAACAUUUAAUUAUGAUAAUAAAUAAGUGAAAAAUGCCGUGCAGCAUGUCUCCGGCUUCGCUGCAGGCGAGGCCGAUUGGGACGAGCGUACCCCAUUUUAGCCUUUUAAAUGCAUGAACCUGUUUAAUGAUCGCCCGUGCUACCGUAAACUUUGCAUUCGUUUAAGUAAAAAGAAGUUGCUGUUGUAUUUUUGUAGUUCGUUUUUCGUAAUGGCUGUUUCAUAGGAUGUCAGCAAUUGAUGUUUACGUUGAAAUCUAUUAUUUUUUUUUUAAUCAAUAUGUACGAGAUGACAUUUCGAAAGCGACUCUGGAUUUUGUUUUUUAUAGCUAAUAACGAGAAAUACCGUGCCUCCAUUUUACUUGCCAGCCGAAAACGCUCUCUGCCUUUAUAACAAUUACCACAUACAAUAUACAUUAUAUGGGUUACUCUUUUUCGUUUAACUGAUUUGUUUACAUUACGGAAAGUGCUGUAAGGUAAAAAAAGAACAAGAAAUUGAUGGACCAAGCUUAAGCAAUUUCUACAUAGAUAUAGACCGAUGAAUGCAAAAAUGUUUGAACCUGAAGGAGGAGAACAAAUGACAAGCUUGGUUCAGCUGUACAACCAGUGAACAAGAAUGGGGCAGAGGAAAAUAUCAAACAGCAAUAUUCAGACAAAAAUAAAGUAUGGAUA